AGUUCAGAGAAAGACGAAAAGCUCGUUUGGUUUGUGAAGAAUGUGGGGGAAGCUUAACCAAUCUAUGCUAGGGGAUAAUGAAGAGCAUGAAGAGGGCUUCUUGGAUGAAGAAUCUGAAGGCCUGUGUUCUCUAUCUGCUACUCAGAGAAUGUAUGCCUUUGGAGGUUGUUUGUUAGCUGGGAUGGCUUGUAUGUUCCUGUCGAUGAUCGUCUUUGCCAAACCCAUCAAAUUUGCCAUUUUGUUCACCUUUGGCAAUUUAUUGGCGGUAGGAAGCACAGCCUUCCUCUUUGGCCCUGCCCAACAAAUGAGAAUGAUGUUCGACUCGGUCCGAGUUUAUGCAACAGCUAUAUACCUUGGAUGUGUUGUUCUAGCCCUCUUCUGUGCUCUCUUGAUUCAUAGCAAAGUUUUGACACUAAUUGCAAUGAUAUGUGAGAUCUGCGCCCUUAUUUGGUACAGCCUAAGUUACAUUCCUUUUGCUCGAAGAAUGGUAUCAGAAUUGAUGAUUCGUCUAUGCGACACCGAGCUUUAGCUGAUGCAAUUCAAAGGCAGUUCAGGGUGGUUAGUCUUCAAAUUUGGGGUAUGGUAGUUAUGGCUUACAUCUCUAUACCCUUGUUACUUGAGUUCAACUUUUUAUGGCUCAACGGUUGAAUGUAUGAGAAGACUUCUGUUGCGUUUGUGAUCGUGUUAUUUUAGCAUGUAAAAUGUGUAAUUUGUCACAUAUUUGAGUCAUCUCUGCAAUACCACCAGGUAUGUUGGCUUUCCAACUCUAUCAUAACACUAGGCUUACUAAAUCCUCUUCUCCUUUUGGUUUGGAAGCCUUCAGCAA